CAUGCGUAGAUAUUCUUGUAAUGUAUUUUUUCACGAUUAGAGACGUAUACUCUAUACUUUUAAAGUCAUAAUGUCACCUGAAACAAAUCAUGUUAGUGAUUUCAGUUCUCCAAAAAUAAUUAUGAUAAUAUAUAAUUAAUUCUAGCCAUAAUGUCUCUUGUAUCUAACCUAUAGUAAAAAAUGUAAUAAAUAUAUCAUGGAUGAUCAAUAAUAAAUAUUCGUAUUUUCAGAUAUUUGACACUCUCAAAGUACUUCAUUUACCAUCUCAUCUUUCUGAUCAGCGACGAAAUGAAUUAUUUCAAAAGUAUGGUGCUAUAAAAACACGUACGAUACGGCCUUCUAGUAAAUAUACCAUAACUUUUGUAAAAUUUCCAUCACAUAAUGCAGCAAAUGAAGCACUUUUACGUUUACAUCAAAUAAAAGUCAAAGGACAGUAUUUAUCAGUAGAAUUCGCUAAAAAAUCUAUGCCAAUAGAAUUUUCUGAAAAUGAAACUGAUCAUAAAGAUAUUAUGAAGGAUGAAAUAGAAAAAGAAACAGUUAAUAAAUCUCAUUUUCAAGCUUUUUUAAAACGAUUAUAUGGAAGCUCAAUGAAUCAAAUUUUUACACAGCCACCAUCACCAAAUAUAAAAUAUAAAUAUGCACCACCAACAAAAAAUACUUUGUUGAGGAUAGUUAUACAAUUAUUGAAAGAACCAGCUUUUUAUACUCAGGUGUUACAUUUAAUGAACAGAAUGAAUUUACCUCCACCAUUUGAAGAACUAGAAGUAGAAUUUCCUAUGUUAAAAGAAAUUUAUGAUAUUGAGAAAUAUAAAGAUAUUUUAGGUGAAGAUAUAUUUGAAUCAGUAAAAGGGAAAGGUUUUUCGCAAAAUGACAAAAAAGAUGAAGAAACUGAUGAAGAAGAAUCUGAAAUAGAGUCUGAUGAAGAUAUUAAUGUUAAAUCUUUACAAAAUGUACCUAUAAAAAGGAAAUGUAUACAAUCUAAAAAACGAUUAAAAAUUCCUAAAUUUGUUAAUCCUGCAAAACAGGCAAUGGCAUCUAGUUCUAUUCAAAAAGCAAUCAGACCAGAAGAUAUGUUUGAGUCUGUACAGCUUGGUGAAUCUAAAAGUUUAAAAAUUGAAUUGAAAACUGUAGAUAAAUUAUUAGAAGGAGCAAAUGUUUCAUCUGAACAUAAUCUUGAUAAUACUCAAGAAACACAAAGUGGAUUUGGGUUAAUGUUUCCCACUAAGAAUAUCGAACAUUCGAAAAAAAAUAUGGAACAUUCUUGUGAAGAAUCUCUUGAAAAAUCUACUGAGCAAUCACCUGAAAAACCUGAGUUUAUUACAACAGAAGAAUUAGCAUCAAACAGAAUAUCAAUUAAUGAUCAGAGACUGCUUCCUGUUUUCAAAAAUUACCAUGCUGGAAAACCAACAAAUCGAUUGUAUAUAAAAAAUCUUGCAAAACAUGUUGAAGUAAAUGAUUUGCACUAUAUCUACAAGAAAUAUGUAAUACCAGGAUUACCAAAUACUGAACAUGAAUAUAACGUUCGUCUCAUGCAAGAAGGUAGGAUGAAAGGUCAAGCAUUUGUCACAUUACAAAAUACAGUUCAAGCACAAUUGGCUCUACAAGAAACUAAUGGUUAUAUCUUAAAAGAGAAGCCUAUGGUUGUACAGUAUGCUAAAGUAUCAAAUAGCUAAUAUAUACUAUACAUAUGUCUCACAA